GUUUCGAUGCGUCACCUGCGAGAAGGUUGUUCUUUUUUUUUUUGGUGCGCCUAGCAGUAUUUGUUUCUUUGUGUUUACUUCUUACUAUGUUUCACGUUUAAACGAGUUCAUUAUAUUAUCAUUUCCGUAGAAUUGCAAUUGUACAUAUUUUUAACAAAUUUAUUGGACAACGCAAUUUAGAUAAAAUAUAAGGAUCUGUGGUAAAGAUUUAUCAUGUCCAACCGCCGCGACGGUAUGUCGUCGAAACAAAUCUAUGAUCUCGACACCAUAUGGGGAGACCUGAAGAACGGAAUCGAGCACGUCUACAACCGUCAAUCAAUGCCCAAGCCUCGAUACAUGGAGCUCUACACUCACGUAUACAACUAUUGUACCAGCGUGCACUUAAAUCCCAAUAAAAACACUGCCGUAGCUAAUUGUCGUUCCAAAAAAACACUUUCCAACUCGACGGCACAGAUCGGUGGUGCCCAGUUGGUGGGUCUCGAGUUGUACCGCAGGAUCAAAGACUUCUUGCGGUACUACCUAGUGGAUUUGAUUAGCCGUGGUUCAAAUUUCAUGGACGAAGACGUACUCGCUUUUUAUACCCGCGAAUGGGAAGACUAUCGGUUUAGUUCAAAAGUGUUGAACGGAGUUUGUUCGUAUUUAAAUAGACACUGGGUGCGUAGAGAAUGCGAGGAGGGCCGAAAAGGUAUUUAUGAAAUAUAUCAACUGGCGUUAGUGGCUUGGAGAGACUGUUUAUUCAUGCAAUUACAUAAACGGGUCACCAACGCUGUAUUAAAACUGAUCGAACGCGAACGUAAUGGCGAGUCGAUCAAUACACGUCUUGUCAGCGGUGUAAUAAACUGUUACGUUGAGCUUGGCUUAAACGAAGAAGAGCCAUCCUUAAAAGGUCAGAGUUUGACCAUUUAUAAAGAAUCGUUUGAAAAAACAUUCUUAGAAGAAACUAAAUGUUUCUAUAUCAAAGAAAGUGAUCAAUUUUUGGCCAAUAAUACAGUAACAGAGUACAUGAAAAAGGCGGAACAACGUCUGCAAGAAGAACAAAAAAGAGUACGAGAUUACCUACAUGAAACUACAAUGAUCGGGCUGGGAGACACUUGCGAAGUAGUGUUGAUUCGAAAACACAUGGAAAUAUUCCAUGCAGAAUUUCAAAAUCUAUUAAAUUGUGAAAAGAACGAUGAUCUCGGUAGAAUGUAUCAUUUAGUCUCGCGUAUACAAGACGGUCUAGGUGAAUUGAAAAAUAUCCUUGAAUGUCACAUAUUGGCGCAGGGUCAAACCGCUAUUGAAAAAUGCGGCGAAGCGGCUUUCAACGAUCCCAAAGUCUAUGUCAGUGUUAUUUUAGAUGUACAUAAGAAAUACAACGCCCUUGUGGCGGUGUCAUUUAAUAAUGACUCAGGAUUCGUAGCCGCUCUGGAUAAAGCUUGUGGAGGAUUCAUUAACAAUAAUUUAGUUACGAGACAGUACAAUUCGAGUUCUAAAAGUCCAGAAAUGUUGGCCAAAUUUUGUGAUUUGUUGUUGAAAAAAUCCAGUAAGAACCCCGAAGAAGCUGAAUUGGAAGAUACCUUAAACCAAGUGAGUGGUUAAAAAAAUAAAAAAACAUUUUGUAAUUAUAUUGGGUAGGUAGGUACUCGUAUUAAAUUAAAUAUAAAAUGUAUAGAUAGGUAUAUUAAUUGACAUUAUUUGAAAUUUAUUUACUUCAAAUAAUAAUAAUAAUAUAACUGCCAAUAUAAGUUAGAUAAAUACCAAUGUUCAAAAAUAGCCUGAAACAGUAGCUUUAAUCCGUAGUAGUGGUUAACCAGGACAGCCCCAUUUCAAAAAAAAAGUUGAUUUUUUUUUUUUUUACAAAUUUUAUGUAAUACACAGUUGCUUUUAAUUUAUAUUGAAAUUUCAGAAAUUUCCUGUAAUUUUGAAUAUGUCUGUACCUAUUUAUUAAAUCAAAAAUGUGUACAGAAAUUUGUUUGAAAUUCAUCUCUCUCACCAGUGGUCAAGUGAAGCCUUUCCCGAAAAAUAAAAUAAACUUCAAUUGGACCACUGACCUGGAAUAUUAUUGGUUUUAUUAUCAUCAUUAUCAUUUUAUAUACUAAUGCACUAAAUAAAGAACUAAGUAUUAAUCAUCUAAAUACAAUUUUUUGUUAAUUUGUCUUUAAAUUAGUGAUGCCUGCUCUAAUAACGCUAAUAUUGUUAUUAAAUAUUAAUUUGUUUUGAUUUAAUUUAAUACAGGUAAUGAUAAUGUUCAAAUACAUCGAGGACAAAGAUGUAUUCCAAAAGUUCUAUAGCAAAAUGCUUGCCAAAAGACUCGUCCAACAUAUGUCUGCCAGUGAUGACGCCGAAGCGUCAAUGAUAUCGAAACUUAAACAAGCGUGCGGAUUUGAAUACACUUCAAAACUUCAACGAAUGUUCCAAGAUAUCGGGGUGUCCAAAGACUUAAACGAGGCUUUUAGGAAACACGUGUCCAACUCAAAUAUGCCUCAUGAUAUAGACUUUAGCAUACAAGUUCUAUCGUCUGGUUCGUGGCCGUUCCAAUACCUCCUCACAUUUUCACUGCCGUCCGAAUUAGAACGUUCCGUUCAGAGAUUCACUCAGUUUUAUAGUGCUCAGCAUUCAGGCCGUAAACUCAAUUGGUUGUUUAACAUGUCCAAAGGUGAACUGGUCACUAAUUGUUUCAAGAAUCGGUAUACGUUACAAGCUUCAACUUUCCAAAUGGCCGUUUUGUUGCAAUACAAUCUCCAAGAGUCGUGGACAGUCACUCAACUUUCAGAAUCGACACAGUUGAAGCCAGACUAUUUGAUACAGGUUUUGCAAAUACUAGUGAAAGCUAAACUAUUAACUUGUGUUGACGAAGAGGGGUCUCUAUCGGGUAAUUCAGUCGUUAGCCUUUUCCAGAGCUACAAAAACAAGAAGUUACGUGUAAAUAUCAAUGUGCCGAUGAAACAGGAAAUAAAGUUGGAACAAGAAAGUACACAUAAGCACAUUGAAGAGGACAGGAAAAUGUUGAUCCAGGCCGCUAUUGUGAGAAUAAUGAAAAUGCGCAAAGUGAUGAAACACCAGCAAUUGACGAUGGAGGUCCUAGCGCAGUUGUCAUCGAGAUUCAAGCCCAAGGUCACCGUGAUCAAAAAGUGUAUAGACAUUCUGAUCGAAAAAGAAUAUCUAGAGCGCACCGAGGGACAAAAGGAUUCGUAUAGUUACUUGGCUUGAAUGAGAUGAGAUACCCACUACUACCCUAGUACCCACUCAUUUGAUAUUUCUAUUUACAAACGUUUUGUAUUAUGUUGCAUAUUUUACUAAUAAUUUUUAAUUCUUAAGUGUAAAAUAAAAACUCUUCGAUUAUAAUAUAUUAAUAUAAUUUUUGACCCGAUUGAUCAAUAAAUGUAAUAUGUAGGUGUAUACUCGUAUGUAUAUAUUAUAUUUAUAUAUUAUAUAUAAUGUAUAAUUAAUCGAACCGUCAUGUGAUAUAAAUAUCGACUCUGCAAUAUUACUAAUAUUCGCUACAGGUAAACGCGCCGUGGCGUCAAUUAUAUAUAUAUAUAAUAUUAUUAUAAUAUGUAAAUAUAUUAUAUUGUGUGUAUACAUAUUUAUAAGCAUUUUGUGUACAUGUAGUAGUUGUUGUUUUUUUUUUUUUUUCUCUCUCUCUCUCUCUCUCUAUCUCUCUCCCCUUCACGUGUAUAUUUAUAAACUUUAUAAACUCUGCUAAAAAUAAUAUUAUCAUUAAAUUAAUAUUGUUGUUUGGGAUUUUUUUUUUUUUUUUUUUAAUUUUAUUUCUUUCUUGUUAAAAACGCGAUUUCGUGUGUAAAAUCUACCUCGCCGACUUGCGCGUUACACAACGAUGGUGCGAUCGUCUCCAUUCGGUAGGUACGGUAGUUUUCCCAGGAGAAAGAGCGGCGGCGGCGGCGGCCGGGGGAAAAAAAAAAAAAAUGGUGAAAGUAUUCGGGCGGCGUCUCGCGCGUUUGGUAGUUCCGAAAUACAGACCGGCUUUCGAAUUGUGCAGUUGGCACCGUUCGCGCCGCCGUCCUAUUUUCUAAAAUAAUCGCCGUUUACGUACGUACGUCCGUCCGUCC